UAGAUUGGAGUAGGACAAACCAGUCAAAUUUAAGGGUCUGCACAUUUGGUUUUCUGAAUUUAUGAAUAUGAAUUGAAACAUUUGUAGAAUAAUGGCAGUGAAUCUGAAAUUGUAUAAAAUGGAUUAAAAAUCAUCUGCAGGGACACAUUUUAGUUAAAGGGCUUAGACAGAAACACACAUGCAUGUCUAUAUAACUUAAUUCAUACUACCAGUAAAUAUAAAGUGAAGGAUUUCAUUUCACACACAUUGUUGCAUUGUAGCUUUUUUUGAAUGGAUUUUAGAUUGAGUCCUCUGUCACAACAGGUUGCAUCCAAUUUUUUAACACCACACAUUGACGCUCACCCAUGUGCACUGAAUCACCCACUCAUUUACACUCACACAGAGACAAGAAAGUGACAAUGAAACACAUGUCUCAGUGUGUUUUGUCUUCUUUGCAGGGUCCGUGCACAGAGACACACACACACCCACACACACACCCCCACACACACACCCACACACACUGUGGAGCCAUGGGCUGCGGCCUGCGCAAGAUGAAGCCAAUGUCGGAGGAGAGCAGUCCGGGGAAGAUUUACUCCACCCUGAAGAGACCACAGGUGGAGACCAAAGUGGGCGUGGCCUACACCUACCGCUACCUGGACUUCCUCAUCGGCAAAGACGGUGGGACGUCUACUCUGCGUCUCUCGUCGGUGAGGGAGCUGACGGGUCAGCUACAGGAGCUCUACCAGCAGGGCUUCAUCCUGGCAGACGUCCACCCGUUCAUCCACCCCUGUGGUCCAGAGUCCAACAGCCCUCAGCACCAGCUCUACCGUGCCAUACUGGUCCGACUCAACGAUGGGGCGGAGAGGAGCCAGCCAGUCUGCCCACCGUACAAACUACAGCUGGAGGACUGUCUGUCUGCGGAGCAGGUGCCCACCCCAGAGCUCAUCCAGGGCUACGUCAAGAAGCAGAUCCAGGACGCUGCUGACCAGGGGGUGAUGUUCGUUGGAUUCGUCCAGGAACCUUAUGGGGCCCCGUGCACCCGGAUCAGACAACCAGACACCCCCUCUCUUUCCCUGCACUCCAGCCCCAGCUCUGUGCUCGGUUCUCUGGGCAGCUGCAGCCCCUCAAACCCCUCAAGCCCCAGAAACCACCCAGAGCCCGGAGCUGAUGCAGUGGACAAAGAGGGGAACGAGGAAGGAGCACUGAGUGAGAACACUGGGAACCAUUCAGGGAGCGAGGUGCAGGGCAGUCAGGAUGAGGUGUCGCCUGCAGCGUCUCCAAUAUCAGAGGGAGAUCUGACGGAGGAGGACUCGCCGUGUCACAAUAACAACAAAGACAGAGAGACAAAGGAGAGGCUGAGAUACCGCCGGCAGAGGGGAGAUGGGGUGGAGCUGCUCGCCUUGUACAACCACCCGCCAGUCCGAGAGGGCCAGGUGAAGUACUACACCGUCAAGGUGCCGCUGCGGGUCCAGAACUGUGAUGAGGGCGUCAAAGGGGUGGAGGCCAACUGGCUUGAUCACAUGACUCAGCACUUCAACAAUGGAGCCUCCCUGGUGGACGGAUAUUUCCACCUGGGGAAUGUAAACGAUGUUAUGCCUAAAUCGGUGGAAAGUGUCUUCAUCUUCCAGGAGGGGAGCGAGAGCGAGCCGAAUGUGGCCGCGACGACAUUCGACGCCAUCGUGGUGGAGCAGUGGACCGUCAUAGAUGGUCUGCAGGUGAAGGCUGAUUAUGUUCCUCUGCUGCAGUCCCUGGCUACAUUUGGAUGGAGACUCACCUGUGUGCUGCCAACUCCUGUAAUCAAGACUAACAGUGAUGGAAGUCUGUCCACCAAACAGAUUGUGUUCCUGCAGAGACCCGUCUUGAACCGAAAGAGGAGAGAAUCCAAGAAAUUGAUCUUCAAGCCCCGAGGCAAGUCCAACAAGAACUGCAUGAAAGAGAGCGCAAAGAACAAGAAGAAGAAGAAAUCCAAGAUUGAGAAGGAAGCAGAGGAUUCCAACAUUAAUAAUGAGAGAGAAAAGGUGGAGAAAGAGGAAGAGAAGAGUAGGGAUGAAAGGGCGGGAGCAACGGAUGGAGAGGCUGCGAGAGAAAGUGAGACAUCAAAAGACAGGGAGGUAAAGUGUGAGGAAGAGAGGAAGAUUGAAGAGGGGAUUGAAAUCAGCAUAGAGACCGUUGAAGAGAAAGAUGGAGGAGCAGACGCAAAAGACAACGAGGCAGAAAAGAGUAAAGAAGAAGACGGGGAAGAAAAGGUUGAACUGGACGGAGAGGGAUCGAAAGAGAACGGAGAGCUUGUCGACAACGACGAGGUCCUGGAGGUGUCUGAGAUCGUUGCGACUGUCGAAACCCAGAGCGAGACCAAAGAAAAAGAGGAGGCGGGUGAAGCAGGAGUCGAAGCGGUGAUCGAAAACGGGGUCGAGACCGAUGAGGAGAAAGACAAGGACGAAGAGGACGCAGUCAAACACAAAACAGACGAGCCAGCAGGCGGGGAAGUCGUCGCCAAGGAGAUCGUGGCGGAUUCACAGGCCACACCGACCAAUCAAAUCCCAGACGAGACCCAAGAGUAGCCCCAAGUAGUCUGAGUUAAGGUUUUCCCCGCCCUACCUCUCAAGUUCCCCAGUCCAAGAACUCGUCCCCGGUGUUGUUCCUGAUCCAAAUCAAAGGGGUUUGAACCCCAUCGCUGCAGCAUUUUCCAAAUCCUUCAUGGACAAUUCCCAAGAAACCUGCCGGAGUAUAUCAACAACUUCAUGUAUCCGCAGACAUCCGCCCUAUCCUAUAACCACACAUACUGAAUGUAUAUACCCAUAAGAGGAGAUACAGGUGCAGGAUAGUCAAUGUGGAGACACUGGAUUAACUUGAUGAAGGAAAACAUGGCGUUGAAUCAGUAGAAUGAUGGUAUGAUUGGAAAGAACAAGUUCUUCUUUUUACUUCAGACACAGAUAAAAGGCCUGGUCACACCAGAGUGAGACAAAUGCUAAAUUUAAAGGUGGGUUGAUUUGUUGAAGUAGAUAUCUGUAUGUUGCUUGCAGCUUGGAGUCUAAAUGGUGGAAGUUAGCAUAACUUGUUAGCAGUGUUGCACCCAUAGACUGAAUAAAACAUGGAGCUAGUUACAUGGGCGUCACCCAUUGGUUUCUGAAGGGUUGCCAUGAAGCUCAACAAUGGCGUUCACCAUAUUGGAAAUGCUAAUUCAAUCAAUCUAGUAACAGGUAAAGAGGUGGAGCUGAGGCGGGCCUUAAGCCUCCUGGCAAACAUCUACAACAAGUCCACCUGUCAGUCAACACAGCCACGCCCACAAUUAUGCAAAUUACCUAAGACUUAUUUAGCCCAAUAACGACAUGUGUCCUAGUAAAGAAAUGAGCUAUGUACCAAUAUGUUUAUUAAUCAAGGCUGUAAUCAUAUUUAUUUCUGCUUUUAAAAUAUGAUUUUGCUCCAUGCCUCAAGUGGACACUCGAGGAAGUGCAGCUCUUUUUACACUCAACACUGGAGGUACUAUGUCUCACUAAUGUUGGCUUGUUAGUGAUUAGUUUACCAGAUAUGUCACCAAGCCUGUAAAACCACACAUAUCCCAAAGAUAUGAAGUGAAUGAUGUUUCUAAUUAAUGACUUCUGGUGUGACCAGGCGUUUAAAAGAGCGAGGAGUGUUACAUGAAAGUCAUUUAAAGGUAACAUGUUAGUUUACAAUCUGUUGGAUUAGGAUUAUUUAGAUGAACUACAGACGCGGUUGUGGGUUUUAUAAGCAGUCAUGGAUCUGAGAGAGUCCUCUGUUUGCUUUUGAAGAAUAGUUUAAGAAACUAAACACGAGUCUUACAGUUAUAGUUUGACAAAGCGCCUUUCAAAAGGUGUACUCUAAACCUUCUGGUUGUGCAGUUCGAGCCGCUCUUGUAAAGCUAAGAAAAGACGAGCCUGAUCCAAGAUCCAAGCAGCAGAACUAUGACAGGUCACGGGCCUUCCUCAUGCACAAAACUGACAUCAUAAAGACUGAUUGUUUUAACAUUUCCCCCGUUCUUUCGUCUUAACAUAAACAGUGAGUCGUGAUGUGGAAGGAGAACGCCGGUAGAGGUGAUGGGAAAGACGUUUGUUGCGACAGGCAAUCCAAAGUAGGGUGAAGAGAUAAUUGUUUACGCUGAGCUCUAAACCUUCAAGUGCUUCAAAGAGAGCCGAUAAUCACUCUUUGGUGUGGUGUGCUAAGCUCACCUUGCAUACAGAAUGUUCCAUAAUCAAAGCCAAGCGCGAUAAGGAUGUGAAAUUUCAGCUGAAUGUUUGCAGCUCAAGGGCAAGAACUCAUAUUCAGACGCACCUAGUUAGCGUUUACAUACAGGAGGGAGGAUUUUUUUAUUUCUGAGCAAAGUUGCAUUUCUUUAAUUACUUUUCCAGGCGUUGGCCACAAACAGAGCACUCGUCAGGUUAAGCUGUGUGCGGUCAGGGCCGAGAGUCUUGUUGUUUACUGAGGCCAAAACUAGAGAUUGAGAAGUGCGAAACGGAGACAAAGAAAAUAAGUUUGAGCGCGAGAACGAGAAAGAGAGCAUAACGGAGUGAAAUAAAAGAAAUGAAUAGGCUCAUUUAAAGUAACGGCCGCUUGCGUUCCACAUUCCCCCGCCGAGAUUUCCUUCAUUAUUUUACCUCCAGCUCUUUAAGCACCCCUUACCAGACAUCAUUUCUGACAAUAAUCAAGCCGUAAUGUGCUGUUUCAUGGCAUCGUGUAGCUUUCCAUUUCAGGAAAAAUAAGGGGGGGGGGGGAAGGAAGGCGGCGACGUUCACGCUGUGGAGCACUUAUUAGCUCACUAAUGGAUUUUGUCAGUGGGGUGUCUGUCAGGAAUCAUGCAUUUAUAAUGGGGGUCACUUAUCGACAGCAAAACACCUCAACAUGUCAAGGAAAUAGCCUUCAGAUUUAACGGUGAUGUCAUAGGGAAGCAUUUGCACUGAGGACGGAGAGGGAGAGAGAGAAAUAUGUCAGAAAAAACCUUUUAAUUCACACGUCGCUUAAUCAAGAACUGAAACUACCUUCUGUCCUGAUUCAUGCAGAAUAUCAUUUGGUCAUGAUUUGGAUCUCCUGUUUCAUGAGAACAGACGAUAACUCGGUCGAGAAAAAAAAAAGUCUCCUUCUUGGAGACGAAGCUCUGCAGUUACAAACGAGUAAGAUCGAUUCAUGCUGAAUAAGUGCUCUCCUUGAUUAAUCCGCCCACCCGCCGCUGAGAUUUUCUUCAAUGUAACAAUGGCAAGUGUUUGUGUAGAGUAGAAUAUAAAAAACUGUGACCAGCUUAGCCUUAUGACUAUACUGUAAAUGGCCCACACUCUGCUUUUAAAAACAUGUCCUAUAGAGACACAAUGGUGUUUUUUCAGUGUUCUAUGUUUGUUAUAGUCGAGCAGGAGACUUUUGCGACAGUCAGUGUUGGUAUUUUUGAAGCUGUUGUUCCCUGUUUUCUUACUGGAGUUCAAAUCGCGGGGAUGAUAUAAUUGAAGUUCGUCUACAUGAAGGUGUUUUGGAUUUUAUUUUUCAAGGAUGUUACGAGCAUUUUAUUUGUAUUAUUAUUAUUAUUAUUAUUGUGAAUGUUCUGCUUUGGAUUCGAGAGAUUUUACGGUGUUGCCUCUGCUGUUCCGCUAACGCUUAACGCUGAAAUGUAUUUCUGACUGACGCUUCGAGCUACCUCCUGAGAGCUGUUGUUGAUUUCUUUUUAAAUAGAGAGAGGUGGGGGGGGUCAUAGUGUGUUUGACCCCCCCCCCCCCGAAACAUAUGCUCCUUGUCCUCUCACCCUCCACUAUGACGGAGCGCAGACCUGUGAGCGUGAGGUCAUCGCUAAUGGCAGACGAGGUCAAGAGUCAUGAAUGAGCCAGGAUGGAUUUUCCACAGCUGUACACGGGAGUUUGCACGAGCACACAACAAAAUAACCACUCGGAUAUCGACCUUUAGGAGAGAUGGAGUUGUGUCCUCUCAUUCUCUGUGGCGUUAUCCUUUUUUGUUUCUUUAAACCUCACUCCCUCACUUUUUUUUUAUCUUCGGGCUGUUUGAGCUUUCAAAAAGCACUUAUUGUAUCCGAGGAAUAUUUGAUUCUGCCUUACCGAUGUUUGUUAGAAAGUGAUAAAUACGACUUGUAGAGUGAAAUGGCAAAAAAGACUCCUUUUAAUAACCGACAAGGCGGUGGUGAAUAUUUACACUGCAAAAAAUACAAUCUGAGUUAGUGAAUUUGUCUAAUGCUGUUAAAAAAAAAUGUAAUUCCACUUAUUAUAAACCACAUUCACCUGACAAGUCCUGAUAAAAAAAAAAAAAAAAGCUCUGAAUUGCUUGUAAUAAUUCCAAAUUUCUGCCACUGCAGCAAUGCUACUGGAGUUGGUGAGUGUCUUGAAAUGAGAUGUCUAUACCCAGAAGUGUAGUGCGGGGUAUAGCCACUUAUUUUUCAGUCUCCAUAGCAGCUCUAAGAUUCACUUUAGUAUUUAGAAACAUGAUUGGAGAUUAUAGAGGGAUGGCUUGGACCAAACAGCAUCAGGACUGGAAAUUGAACCUACAACCAGAGCGGCAGGACUGGAGCCUCUACACCUGUAAAUCUCACUCGCUCACUCUACCUACAGAGCCAAUCAGGCGCCGCUAAGUGAGAUAUUUUCUGACGAGGAAUCAGGCAGCUUGCUAUGAUUUGAUUUUUUGCAGUGAAAAACAUUUCCCCAACUUAUUUUAUCUGAUUUGAUCUAUUUUCUGUCUUUUCUCCUGCGUUAAGAUAAACGUUUUACCUGCCAUCUUUCAGUUUUUUUUAUAAAUAUGAGUUUAUUUCAGUAUUCCCGCCUGGGUCCUUUUUUUUUUCAUUUUUAUCUGAAACUGCGACUGUGAGUUUUUCCCCCUUUUGGCAUCAAACCAAAAAAACAGACAGAUCAUAUUCCACUUUAUCUAAAAGAGCUGAGUUUGGGAAAGUCCGUUAAGCUGCGAGGUGAUCUCGUGUGACAUGGCGGUGUUUUUUCUGACUCCCACCACAUUCCUGUUGGACGUCCACAAACACGGAUCAUCGUAACCUUGACAAAAAGUUACAACCGGCCUCGUAUCCUACCUGAGGCCGCGGCCUUCGGGGCCCCCGUCUCUCCCUGAUAAGGGCUGAUUGGUUGCUGUGCAGUCUAACCUCUGACAUGACUUCACUCUAGGGACUGUGGGUAAUUGUGAUUUUUUUUUUUUUUCGGUGCAUUACAACAAAAAAAAAGGAAAAACACAGGCAGAGCGAGGGAAGAAAACGAGGCAGGAUCUGACACUUCAUCAGUUAAAUGAUGCUGAACCAUGUAAACGUAUCCGUCCGUGAAAAGAAGGAGACCUUUGACUAAUGUUAGACUCAAACAUACAUCCACGGCUCUCUACCCAUCCGUGUAAAAAAAGGGUAAUUUACAGUUUCCUGUCUUUUAUCAGCAUAAUUGUCUCUGAGCCUCAGUAGUGGUGCUGGUGCAAUCGUUCUUGGUAAUGCUGUAAAAAAAAAAAAAAAACUUAAUGGUUCAUAUCCUGUGUGCUACUAUGAUGUGAAAUGAGCAGAGUAGAAACGACAGAACAUGAAACAAUAGGAUGCCGUCAUUAUUUCUUCUGUGUUGUCACUUUAGCUUGCUCACAGCCUCUGGAAAAUGUAUUCUUAGGGUUUUUUUUUUAUUUUGUCCCUGAUGUUUUUCUGUCAACCCCGGCUGCCAUCUUGAAUGUUGAGUAUCUUUGAUCAUGUGCCGAUGUCACUUGCAUAGCAGAGUUUGCUAUCGAGGAAGAAGAAGUAUUCUUUAUCUUUGCUAUCCUGAGUAUGUCCACAUUCCUAUUGUUCAUGACAUCUGUACAAUUUGUAUAUUAUAAAAUGAUUUAUAUUUAAUGUG